AUGUCGUCUCGCCGCCAGUCUGUGGAGUCAGUGCUGUCCAACGCCUCGUACAACCACGUGAAGGUACCUCAAUGGACCAACGAUGUGAUUGAGCUGACCAUGAAGCGGCUCAAGGAGCUGAACCAGCCAUUCAAGUACAUUGUGACGUGUGCGAUAAUGCAGAAGAAUGGCGCUGGGCUGCACAUGGCGACGUCAACGUUCUGGGAUAACUCUUCCGACGGGAGCGCAACGCUCAAGUGGGACAGUAAGACAAUGUACUGCAUGACCACCGUCUUUGGCCUCUCGAUCUGA